UUUCCUUUCUCUGUGGAACCAUUCAACAGGUUGUUGCAAUCUAUCUUUAAAAAAAAAAAAAUCUAAAGAGAAAAUUGCUUUGUUUAUGUACAUGAGAUUACAGAUUCAGAGGCCUGAUUCUUUGUGCGAGUGUGAAUAAAUAAAUAAGAAUUGUACUUUAUUUUCUACUAACCACUAAUAUUUGAAUCUCAUCCACGAAUGGAUUUCUGCAGCGUUGUUAUCCAGCAUUUCACAUUUACCCCUUCGCCGGGGUUACUCUCGGCGGUCCGUUGGGGACGUGUUGCUGUAACGAAGGGUGGAGGAAGACAGGGCCACAGGGAGACUCGCCCCUGAGCAGUGAGCAGGAGUCGUCUCAAAGUCGAGCACGCAACUCGCUAUGUGGCGGCUGAACGCUGGAGAUUCGGAGCUGUGAACCAUGAGCUGGAUCCUCUCCGUCUGGGCGUUCGGGGCCCUGCUGGCUUUCUGUUCAGGACAAAACGCUGUGCAGGAAGGAAAUAACUUGCAUCCCUCCGGCUACCACCUGUGUGUCCGGAAUCAAAGCAGAAAUGUAAGUUUCUUGGCAAUCCAUUCGGUCCCGUACGCCGCGACGAGGCCUUGCGGUGGCUGGCUCCUCUGGACGACGUGCACCGUCACCCUUUACAAGAUGAUGCACCAGAUCGAGUAUAAGACCGUAAAGGAGCAGGUGACGAGGUGCUGCGAUGGCUAUGAGCAAGUUGACCGCUACUGUGCCCUGCCUGUAAACAGGAGUGAUGAGUUUGCCGCCAAGCCCGGAUCCUGUCCAACUGCAGAUGGACCGUCUCCCAGCUCUGUGGACUGCGAGUUUGAUUUGGACUGUCCAGGCUGGCAGAAAUGCUGCCAGAGAAGUGGCCGGUUUCUCUGCAGCGAUCCGACAAGAUCAGAACAGGAAGCGGGGUUUCAAGGAAGCUUCUGGAACACAACGGUGACAGUGAAGGUGGAUUACCAGCAACUCUUGUCCCAGGAAAAUGGGCUUUUGAAUCUCGUCAGAUCAUUACAAGCUAUGAUAACCGGCGCUCUGGACUCCGAGGUUUCCAUCCUCUAUCUGAGCUCUCGGCCCGUCGGUCCCUACAGCGUCUCCACGUCUCUGCUCGUCCGGAGCGACUCGCCCCUGUCGCUGCGCGGCGCCUCGUUGAAGCUGCGCCUUCUUCUCCAGCACAUACCGGAGGUGUCAUCCGUGAUGGUGCGAGAAGUGGAUGCGUGUGCGCACCCUGCCCUCCACCGGUGCUCUGCUCAGGCACACUGCAGCAACACGCAGGGCUCUUACCAGUGCGUCUGCCAACAACGAUGUGUGGACGGUGACCCCGGUGACCCUGGAGUGAACUGCACAGGACCUCCUAGUCUCAGUGGCUUAUGGUCUGCUAAUGUCACUGGAACAUCCAUGUCUGUCCAAUGGUCAACUCCGGUUCAAAGCAACCAGACUUUCUGGAUCACUCUGAGCAAGAUAUCCGAGGUCACUGAGCGCUGGGAAACCAACAGGACGAUGAUAGAGCUGAAUGGACUUCAGCCUGGUGUGCUCUACAAUGUCACUGUGACACCUUGUGCUUGUGGGAGGCAAGGAUCUGCUCUCCACAUGAUGGUCAAAACGGAUGCUCGGACUCUUGACGCAACAACACGACUCACGAACAUCGAGUUCAACGAAGACCUGAGAAACAGCAGCAGCCAGGCCUACAAAAACCUCACCGAGACUUUUACACAGGAGAUCUACAAGUCUCUGCCCCCGGAGAUCAAAGCUAUGGUGGAUUCGGGUCAGAUGAGGAUCGAGAUCCAGAGCUUUUACCAGGGCAGCGUGGUGGUGGACUUCUCCAUAAUCUUCAACCCACGUCCAGGAGAAGCCGUGGGUAACGUGUCCUCAGCGCUGAUGCAGUCCCUGAUGAACAGCUCCAAAUUCACUGUGGAUGGAAACAGCACAAGCGUCAACGAUUAUGACGAAUGCGCCUCAGGAGAAAAUGAUUGUUCUCGAUGGGCUACAUGCACAAAUACAUGGGCCUUCUACACUUGCAUUUGCCUUGAUGGAUUUAUAGACAACAACCCAGAAAGACCUGGACGCAACUGCCAAGCGAUUGGUACCGUGGACACAAUAUCAGCACCAGAACUUUCUACAAUAAGUCCUACUCCACCUGUCCCAAAUUUUGCCGAUCCUAUAUUAGCAACCAGUGCAAAUGGUCCUCUCUUUAGAUUUGCCAUCCCUACAGCCAAUAAUAAUAAUAUCUCACCAAUCACCACUACUUCAACAACACUCUACAUUGGCCCUGUAAUUACCAGUACUACUCAAACAAGCAAUAAUUCACCAACAGCGGUCAUUAAUGUUUCAACAAGCCACUCUGCAGCUCUGACCAACACCUUAAGAACUACUUCCAUCCCAACAGUCCUUUCUACUAAUCCGAUAACGACUGCUGCUCCCAGAACAACAACCAUUACUGUCUUUGAGAUCAAUACUACACACUCAGCAACUUCCUCUCGCCAAGUAGUGUCUUCUGUUGUCCCAACAACAACCACUACCCCGAGCAUCACUUCUACAACUCCAUCUUCUGCUCUGAGGUCAGCCACUAAUUCCUCUUUGUCAGGAGCCCUUUCAGUCCACUGCAGAGUGGCAGCCAUUACUGUCACUCUUGCGAAAGCUUUUCUGGUGAGUGCAAAAAUCCCAGAGGGUGCUCUGUACUUGGGCAUGCCGGAGUGUGGAGUCAAUGGAGGCAACGCCUCCCACGUUCAGAUGACUGUGGCGUGGAAUGAGUGUGACACCAGGCUCGUGCAUAAUGAAACUACGUACACAGCAUCUGUGAAGUUGUUCAACAGCAUGGAUCCGUACACAGCCGAAGGUGGCGCUGUAGAGGUUCCGAGAGUCAGGCUGGAAGUCCCCAUCAUGUGUACCUACAUGACGAGCAUGUUGAUUUCUGCAAACUUUGGCUCCAUGGGGUAUAACAUGAUCAAAGACGUGAUCACGGGUCUGGGGUCGUUCCAGGUGGCGGUGCAGCUGAUGAACGGUACGGCGCCUUUGCCCCACAACUACAGCCUGUCCCCGGAGCAGGCCGUGGUGGUGGAGGUCAGCCUGAAAAACACCUCGGAGCAAAUGAAAGUGGUCAUCAACAAGUGCUGGGCCACUCCCACCCAGAGCCCGGCCGACCCGAACAGCCACACCUUCCUGGAGAACAGCUGCCCUCUGAACGUUUACACCAAAGUGCUGACGAACGGCAACUCCACCACCUCCCGGGUGUCGGUGCAGAUCUUCUCCUUUGUGAACCUGAACGUCAUCUACCUGCACUGCAAGGUCCAGAUCUGCGUCCAGGUCGGAUCCGACGCCUGCGUUCCAGACUGUUCACAGAGAACGGCUCGGACUGGAAACACGAUCGGAACGAGUGUUGGAUCAUCCGGGCCUAUACUUAGAUUAAGUGAAGAGUCCCUGGAGGAGAAGCUCAACACCAUCCACAUAGUCGGCCUCUCCUGCCUCGGGGUGGGCCUGUGCCUCUGCUUCAUCGUGGGAUUCGUCUGCCUGCUUUAUUGUCAGAGGAACCGCAUCGGACACUACAGCUUCAACGUCAAACCCAAGGAGGAAAACUUCACCUACCUUGUUUUUAACACUUAGCGUGGGUAGUGGAGAGGGGUGUGGGGGGGGACCAGCUCCAGGCCUCAAGAACUGGUUUUAGUUCCACAGAGUCCCGCUAAUUAAUCACCAUUCGCUUCAGGUGUGUUUGCGACAGUUCAAGAGCUAAAACACGCAGGAUUACCGGCGCUUGCUAACUGACUUUGAACGCAACUUUGAACACGCGUAGCAAUUACAGAACUCUGCCACUAGGGGUCAGUGUUGGUAUUUAUGUCCGAGCUCACUUUGCGUUUGAACCUAUUUUUAGUCGCCUUCACCAGACUAAGUAUACUCAAGCAAGGAAAAAAAAUUAAAUGUUAAUUAUUUUUUUUAAAAAAGGAACUGUGAUUGAAUUUUAAAAAAUAUUUAAAUGGAGCCUUUAUGACUUUAUAAAAGUUAACAUUUGUCCUAAACAGGUUUGGAAUCAUGACAGGAAAAAAAUAUCACGCCGCAGGCUUGUUCAUUAAAUAUGAGAAUUCAAUUAUAUUCCGUACGCAAACUGCUGCGCUCACAUUCAACUAUGGUGAUGACCUCAAAGGAAACUUGCAAAAAUAUUAACAUGAACCUGACGCUUCAAUAAAAUCAAAUCAUUCCGCACGUCCGA